AAAAAUAAUGCCAUUUUCUUUGACAGAUGGAACAUGGUGUCAUGAAUUUAGUAUUAAUUCCAAACAUAAAUCAAUAAACAACUUGGGCCUCUAGCUAGAAGUGAAAUUCUAUAGGUAGGAAAACUGAUUGACCCCCACUGCCCAUAGGUGCUGUCCUGCUAUGGAAUCCCUUUGCUCAGUUUUCUCCUGUCCAAUCAGGUGGAAUGUUUCACAGGCACAUGGUUUAUACAGCUCAAAAUAACUUGGGACCUGUGAGCUGACAAAUGCUCUGGCUCUGGUGGUGACAGGUUGUCCAGCUUCUUACAGCCAUCUUCACUGAAACUAAGGUUCACUCCUCACUCUCUAUGGACGGCUACUCUCGAUUUCCAAGGGCGUGAAGAAUUUUCUUUUCCUCCUGUGCUUUCAUCUCAAAAGUUCUCCUUGGAUAAUUGUCAUCACAGUGGAUUGCCUGGGUUGGACAUCCUCAUCUGGGUCAACUAAAAAAAGAAAGCAUGCAAGACGACAGCCUAGAAGCUUCUACUUCCAUAUCUCAACUUCUAAGAGAGAGCUAUUUAGCAGAAACUAGACAUCGGGGAAACAGUGAGAGGAGUCGAGCAGAACCUUCCUCCAACCCUUUUCAUUUUGGCAAUCCUUCUGGAGCUGCUGAAGGAGGAGGUCAAGAUGACCUUCCAGAUCUCUCAGCCUUCUUGAGCCAAGAAGAAUUAGAUGAAAGUGUCAAUCUGGCAAGAUUGGCCAUCAAUCACGACCCUUUGGAGAAAGCAGAUGAAGCUCAAGCUAGAAAACAUCUUUCAUCUGAUCAAAUGAAACACUCACCUAAAUCAAGUUUUGACCCCAACUUCUGUCAGGAUAACUCUCAAGGUCCUACCAGCUCUGAAGAGAGCCCCCAGGAGGCAAAAAGGCCACAGUAUAGUUCUGAAACCCAGUCCAAAAAAGUAUUCUUAAAUAAGGCUGCCGAUUUCAUUGAAGAGCUGUCCUCCCUUUUCAAAGCCCAUAGCUCCAAAAGGAUUAGACCUCGUGCCUGCAAAAACCACAAGAGUAAAUUGGAAUCUCAAAACAAACUUAUGCAGGAAAAUAGCUCCAGUUUGUCAGAUAUCUCAGAAAGAAGAGAAAGAUCUUCUGUUCCCAUCCCUAUCCCUGCAGAUACUAGGGAUAAUGAAGUGAAUCACGCCCUUGAAAGGCAGGAAGCUAAGAGGCGCGAAGCUGAGCAGGCUGCGGGUGGAGACACCACCCCCGAGUCUUCACCUUCAUCUUUGUACUAUGAAGAACCUCUGGGGCAACCUCCUCGUUUCACUCAAAAGUUACGGAGCAGAGAAGUUCCAGAAGGAACCAGAGUACAGUUGGAUUGCAUAGUGGUAGGAAUUCCACCACCUCAAGUAAGGUGGUACUGUGAAGGCAAGGAGCUUGAAAAUUCCCCAGACAUUCAUAUUGUCCAGGCAGGAAAUCUGCACUCACUGACCAUUGCUGAAGCCUUUGAAGAAGACACAGGACGCUAUUCCUGCUUUGCUUCUAACAUCUAUGGGACAGAUUCAACCUCUGCUGAGAUUUAUAUAGAAGGGGUUUCUUCUUCUGACUCAGAAGGGGACCCUAACAAGGAAGAGAUGAAUCGAAUCCAGAAGCCAAAAGAGGUGUCAUCUACUCCCACUACUUCUGCAGCCAUUCCUUCAGCAGCACCCCAAGCCCAGCAUGUGGUGGCCCAGCCCAGGGUGACAACCAUCCAACAGUGUCAGAGCCCCACCAACUAUCUGCAAGGAUUGGAUGGAAAACCGAUCAUUGCAGCUCCUGUGUUUACAAAGAUGUUACAAAAUUUAUCAGCCUCUGAAGGUCAGCUGGUUGUCUUUGAAUGCAGAGUAAAAGGAGCUCCAUCUCCUAAAGUUGAGUGGUAUAGAGAAGGGACCUUGAUAGAAGAUUCUCCAGAUUUUAGAAUUUUACAGAAAAAACCUCGAUCCAUGGCAGAACCAGAGGAGAUUUGUACUUUGGUCAUUGCUGAGGUGUUUGCAGAAGACUCUGGAUGCUUCACGUGUACUGCAAGCAACAAAUACGGCACAGUGUCAAGCAUUGCACAGCUCGAUGUGAGAGGAAAUGAAGACCUCAGAAAUAAUGGGUCUCUUCACUCAGCCAAUUCCACCACCAACCUGGCUGUUAUUGAGCAACAACCAUCCCCACCCAACCCAGAGCCCCCUUCUGUGGAACAUCCCCCUAAACCCAAACUCGAAGGAGUUCUGGUGAACCAUAAUGAGCCCCGGUCCAGCUCAAGGAUUGGGCUCCGUGUGCACUUCAACCUGCCUGAAGAUGACAAAGGAAGUGAAGCAUCUUCUGAGGGUGGUGUGGUGACCACCAACCAGACCAGGCCUGAUUCUUUCCCGGAGAGAUUCAACGGACAGGCAGCAAGAAUCCCUGAACCUUCUUCACCCGUCAAAGAACCCCCUCCAGUUCUGGCCAAACCCAAACUUGAUUCCAGUCAGCUGCAACAGCUUCACAACCAAGUCUUACUGGAACAACAGCAGUUGCAAAACCCAUCUCCUUCCUCUCCCAAGGAGUUUCCUUUCAACAUGAGUGUUUUGAACUCCACUGCUUCCUCGGCAGUGACAAUGUCCAGCAAGCAGGUGAAGGCCCCUUCAUCACAGACGUUCAGCUUGGCCCGGCCAAAGCAUUUCUUCCCCUCUUCAAAUACAACCACAGCAACCGUGUCCCCUUGCAGCUCUCCAGUGUUCACCCUGAGCAGCACUCCUCAAACCAUUCAGAGGACAGUGAGCAAAGAGAGCCUCUUAGUUUCCCACCCCUCCGUGCAAAACAAGUCUCUAGGAGGAGUUUCCUUCCAAAAUGAGCCACCCCCUCCAGCUCCAGCAGAGCCAGCGCCAUCGCCACUCACAUUUGCCAUCUCCAGUGGAAACCAGUUUCAGCCCCGCUGUGUUUCCCCAGCUCCUGUCUCUCCCACCAGCCGGAUUCAGAACCCAGUGGCUUUCCUCAGCUCCGUUCUUCCUUCUCUCCCCGCCAUCCCACCCACCAACGCCAUGGGGCUGCCCAGAAGCGCACCAUCCGUGCCAUCCCAGGGACUAAUGAAGAAAAACACAAAGUCUCCUCAACCGCUGAAUGAUGAUUACGUUCGUGAAACUAAGAAUGCGGUGAUUCUAGACUUGGGGAAAAAAAUGAAUUUCAGUGAUGUCAGAUCAAACCAGCAGGAGUACAAAAUUUCAAGCUUUGAGCAGAGGCUGAUGAAUGAAAUAGAGUUUCGCUUGGAACGUACCCCUGUUGAUGAGUCAGAUGAUGAAGUCCAACAUGACGAGAUCCCCACGGGCAAGUGUAUUGCUCCCAUCUUUGACAAAAGACUCAAGCAUUUCCGGGUUACAGAAGGCUCUCCAGUGACAUUUACCUGCAAAAUUGUUGGAAUUCCUGUUCCAAAGGUUUACUGGUUCAAAGAUGGGAAGCAGAUUUCAAAGAGAAAUGAGCACUGCAAAAUGAGGCGAGAAGGAGAUGGGACAUGCUCUCUGCACAUUGACUCCACCACCAGUGAUGACGAUGGCAACUACACUAUCAUGGCUGCCAACCCCCAGGGGAGAAUCAGCUGUUCUGGCCACUUGAUGGUACAAAGUUUGCCCAUUCGCAGUCGACUAACAUCCGCUGGUCAGUCUCACAGAGGAAGGUCCCGAGUACAAGAAAGAGACAAAGAGCCCCUACAGGAACGGUUUUUCCGACCACAUUUCCUGCAGGCUUCUGGGGAUAUGGUAGCUCACGAGGGGCGCCUCUGUCGGCUGGACUGUAAGGUGAGUGGCUUACCGCCCCCAGAGCUGACGUGGCUGCUCAAUGGCCAACCGGUGCUACCAGAUGCCUCGCACAAGAUGUUGGUCAGGGAGACUGGAGUCCACUCUCUGCUCAUUGACCCACUCACUCAACGUGACGCGGGGACCUAUACAUGCGUUGCUACCAACAAAACCGGACAGAAUUCCUUUAGUCUGGAGCUCACUGUAGUAGCCAAAGAGGUGAAGAAAGCCCCUGUGAUUCUGGAGAAACUGCAGAACAGCGGAGUUCCUGAAGGCCACCCAGUGAGGCUGGAGUGCCGGGUGAUAGGCAUGCCGCCUCCCGUGUUCUACUGGAAGAAGGACAAUGAGACCAUCCCUUCCACCCGAGAGAGGAUCAGUAUGCACCAGGACACAACAGGGUAUGUCUGCCUCCUCAUUCAGCCAGCCAAGAAAUCCGACGCUGGAUGGUACACGUUGUCAGCUAAGAAUGAAGCCGGCAUCGUGUCGUGCACCGCGAGGUUGGAUAUAUACGCUCAGUGGCACCAGCAGAUCCCACCGCCCAUGUCCAUCCGGCCCAGUGGCAGUCGCUACGGAUCUCUCACCAGUAAAGGACUUGACAUUUUCUCUGCCUUUUCCUCCAUGGAAAGCACAAUGGUGUAUUCAUGCUCUUCUCGGAGUGUAGUGGAGAGUGAUGAACUUUAGGAAUGUCUGGGUGCCUGCUGUGUAAGGGGGCAGACUGUGGAGGGGAAGGAGGACAAGCCAGACAUAGUGGUUUCCAAGCAACUGGAUUUGAGUAAGUUCCCAUGCUGCUGGACCCGUGGCAAGAAGUGCUUUGAAUAAGUCAGCUGGGGACUCUUGCAGUCUCAGCUGGGGGAAAGAUGUAGGGCUGUGCCUUUUAAAGAUUCCAACAAAAAUGUGAGAAGACGAUACAGAUGAACCAAAGAUGUCAUGAAGUCAUCCACUGCUUUGGGAAAAAGCUAGCAUGAUCCCUGCCCCCUGCUAUGUUAGGGAUAUUUAGGCCCUACUAGGAGCAAUGAGGGGCCAUAUGCUUGGGCUGAAAGGAGUUAGACAGUAGUGACCUUAGGUAUCACUAACUCACCAAACAAUGCAAAGGAAAAAGGCGGGAGGUCUCCAUCGCCUUUCAUCAAUUACAUCCAUAGCAGUAGUUUUGAUGGAUUCAUUUAAUCAGCUUCUACUUAAGCUUAAGAGAUCGUGCCAUACAACUCACAGAUGUGGAGAAGCACUUUUGAUUUACUUAUCCUGAGUGUACUGAGCCACAUUAUAAGGUGCCAACAUGUGCUUGAGAUACAAAAAAUUCACUGAAACACUCAACAUUGCACAGUGCACUAGUUCUAUAGCCAAACAAGGCCCCAUUAACCUGUCUGCACCAUUUUCUUUUGGAUAUCAUGGUGAGUGGUUUUUCUUUCUGACUUUAUACAUCCCGAAAUUCUAGAACUAAAAGGCUGUUAGUAAACCAACCAAAAAGAAAUCUUCUGUGGGGUCACUUUUAAAACUACUAGCUUCAAUUGCCACUUGCAAAAUAUGCAAGAGUCGUCAUCAUCUGCCCCUCCCCACUCCCCAAAAGUCUGGAAGUGUAUGAGGCAGUGAGGGAGGAAGAGAUGCAAACAAGGAGAGGAAGUGAUGGGCGAGUGUUGUUUUCACUUGCCCUAGAAGAGCAGUGGGUGUGGAAGGAGACGUCUUGUUUUUCAGAUAAUUAAUUUGCAUUUUCUAUAUAGAAAACAUCAUGCUAACCAGGAAAGUAGGAGGAAAGGGGAAUGUGCAUCUUUGUUCUAACCCACCUAUUCAAAACCUGCCUCUUAACUUAAGGAAUUUCUAGACGUAAGUUGACUGCGAUUAUCCCCAGCGCCUAGAAGAGUGCUUAGCACCGCAUAGACAUUCAAUAGAUAUUUGUUGGAUGAAUGAAUCUUACAUUAGAUAGGGAAAUCUGCAAUUCACACAGCACUCCAAAAAUUGCCUUGGGAAUGGUCAUCACAGCACAGCUUGCUCCAGACUCACCUGUGAAAUGAAUUGGAGGUGUCUGUUACCAAUUCCCCACGUGUCUGGUGUUCUCUGAGCCAGGCACCCUCAACUGGCAUCUUACUCCAGUGAACAAAUAGUUGUUGUUUAGAAAGGCUUGAAAUUUUCUUCACUUCAAGGCAAGGAUUUCCAGUACAAAAAUAAAUUCAUUCACU